AUGUCCUACUUCUACCAAUCCUCCAAUGACAACUGCACCAUGUGGAGCAGCAGCAUCUAUGGCGGGACCACAGUGGGAGGAAAUAGUGUCAUGCUUAAUGACAACUUGGAGGACAUCAACUCUCUGAGGGAUGCCAACAGUGUUGAAGACACUGUUCCUGCAGGUGCCUUAGUCAUGGCCUUAACCACCUCCCUAAUAGUAGGGAUUCCACCUUCAUUUGCUCAGCCCGACACCUGGAGUUUUGAUUGCUACAUUACCCCCAAUGAUUGUCACCUCCUAGGGUCUGGUGACCACAUCUUCAUCUAUCACCGGUUUUAUGAUGCUUCAAUCACCCCCUCCCCACUCCCGGUCUUGGAAGCUACAUUGACUGACAUAGUUGUCACCACUGGAAAAUCCUCACAUUGCCCCAGCAAGUCACAUGACUUUCUAGAACACAGCAGUGGCAAGGAGCACUCCACCUUUACCCUGGUGCCUCCAAUCCACCUCCUCACACUGCCCCCACCCUAUACCCCCACUUCAGCACGACAACAUUGA